AUGAGCGAAUACUGGGUCUCGCACAAAAAGUACUUCUGCAAAUACUGCAACGUCUACAUCGCAGACGACGUUCCUUCGCGACGACAACAUGAGAGUGGCCUGCGACACAAGGGCAGCGUCGAGCGGUUCGUACGAGGACUGUACAAGGAGGGGGAGAAGAAGAAACAGGAUCUGGAAGAGGAGAAGCGGGAGAUGGCGCGGGUCGAGCAGGCAGCUCAAGCUGCAUACGCCAGAGAUGUCGGCGCAGGCUUGGUGAAGCCAGGCAGCGGUAGUAGUGCACCCACUCCCUCGACAUCUUCUACAUCCAGAAAGCCUGAUCCGAAGCCUUCGAAUCCAUAUGCAAACUACUCUACCGCAGAGUCACUGGGUUACCAGGAUCCAGACGCGGAGCGACUCAAGGCCGAGACGGAGCGUCGCCGAACGCAAGGAGUAGCAGGCGAGUGGGAAGUCGUCGCGAUUGUGGAACCAGCCGCGGAGAUAAAGGAAGAGGAGCCUGUGCCACCUCUCGCGGAGGGCGACGCGAGUAGAAAGAGAGGCGCGGAGCAAGAUGAUCACGAAGAUAGCCGGACCUUCAAGUUGCGCAAGAAGACGGUCGACGUUGGACUUGGGGAGGUCUAUGACCCUGGCCUUAUCCCAAUAAAGCUGAAGAAGGAGGAGUCUGUCGAACCACUGCCUACUCUUACGGAAGGUGGGUCUAGCUCACAUGCUGGUACAUCAACACCCACGGCGAAGCCGAAGUGGUCCGCGAGAGGUUGGAACAGACCAGGAGAGCGCAAUGCCGGUGGAGACGACCAGCCGGGAGAGGAUGGUGUUCUCGCUGCGGAAGAUUCCGGCGUGAAAUUUGAAGCAGAGGUGAAGGAGCAAUUGGCCAUAUCUCCUGAUGUUCCACCUGCGGACGCCAAAGAGACCUCUGCAAUUCUGAAGACAGAGGAUGCGGAGGUCAAGGUAGAAGUAAACGGAGGUGCCACAGUACCGUCAACGGGUAGUCUGUUCCGCAAACGAAAGGUACCUGCUGGUGGUGCUGGAAGCAGGGGAAGCAGGGGAUAG